CCACGCCAUCUGAGUUUGGCAAAGUGUGUGACGCCUACACUUUCCAGUGUGCCAACGGAGUGUGUGUGAGCCUGGAGUGGAAGUGUGACGGCAUGGACGACUGUGGGGAUUACUCUGACGAAGCCAACUGCGCCGCUCCCACCGAGGUCCCCGGCUGCUCCAGGUACUUCCAGUAUGAGUGCAAAAAUGGACGCUGCAUCCCAACGUGGUGGAAGUGUGAUGGAGAGAACGACUGCGGGGACUGGUCUGAUGAGGCCCAGUGUACAGGUGGUGUUACUCCUCACACUGUGGCCCCGGGGCCCUCAACUUGUGCCCCCAACCGCUUCCACUGUGGCUCCGGAGCUUGCAUCAUCAACACGUGGGUGUGUGACGGCUACGCUGACUGUCCCGACGGCAGCGAUGAGCUGGGAUGUCCCACAGUUAACGGCUCUGCGACGAUGGCUCCAGCGCCCACCCAGGCCCCGCCCUCCCCCGCACGCUGCAGCCGCGGUCAGUUCCUGUGUCGCCGACCCCCCCACUGCAUCCCCGACUGGCAGCGCUGUGACGGCCAGAUCAACUGCCAGGACCGCUCCGACGAAGCCCACUGCCCCACUCGCGGGCCGCUGUUCUGUGUCAACGGGACUCGCUGCUCUGACGGUGAAGCCUGCGUGCUGGACAGCGAGCGCUGCGACGGCUUCCUGGACUGCUCCGACCACAGCGACGAGGACGACUGCACCC